AUGAUCUCUCCAGGAUUAUCAGCAUCCUCUGGAAAGCCUCCCCUCCGCAGUGGUAAGUGGACUCGCGAAGAAGAAGAAUUUGCCAAUGCCCUCAUUGAAGAGUUCAAGGGAGGUUCUCUCUCAGCCCUGCCGGAGGGUACCAGCAUGAGAGGUUUCUUGGCCAAGAUGCUUCGUUGUGUACCCAAGCGAGUCUCCAAGAAGUUUGAAAACACCAACUACAACGGCAAGCUCCAGUACGUGCGAGACAAGGCACUUCCGUCCCAUGAGGUAUCCAAGCGUCACAUGCGCCUGGACCGACUAGAACGGGCCUUUCUCGCAUCCUUGUCUGAUCCAACUGAUGCGCAGGCACAGGACCAUGGACUCAUGCUGGCCGCCCGACACAGCCUUCUGACCCUUGGUGGGUUGCCUCCUCACCUUCAGUAUCCACGAACUUCGGCGGUUCAGGCCAUUGCCAGCACCGCCAACAGACGAUCUCGUGCUUCGCAGUGGGGAGAUUCCUUGGCUGCAGACUCCCAAACCAACGCAGAAGUACAGGCCACCAAGUCUUCUUCUUCCUCCUCCAGUUUGUUUGACAUGCCGGGUUCUUUCGGGGCAGCCGAGGCUGCAGCUGGCCUUGGCUCUUUGGGACAUACGUCGCAGCUGCAUCGUCCUCUUUUGGCAAGCACAUUCAUGUCUUCACAGCAAGACAUGGGCUCUGCUUAUGCUUCUCCCACAGAUGCAGCAAGGGCCAUGCUUGACACCACCACUGGCAGUAUCAUGGGAUCCAACUUUCCUUUGAUGAGUGCUCGCAUGAACCUCCAAGGCGGCAGCAGCAGCGGAGUCUCUGCUGCUUUCCAAGACGCUUCUUCCACGGUCGGGCUCUUUGGAGCUUCUUCUUCUCAUCUGGGUGGGGCCCUUCCUCGUUCCUCCGCCAUGCUGCGUCAGGGUUCGCCCCUUCUUGGCUCCCGCAAUGCUGCUGCCGCGUCUCUCUCCCACCAACAAGAAGAAGCCAAGUUGCUGCAACGUCAAAUCGAAUUGGAAGAACAAAGACUCGAGAUCCUCAAGAAGCGACAGUCAAAUUUGAUGGGGGGAAGCUCGGCGCAUCAGGACCCUCCCGCCAGAAGCGAGAACCGAGCAUCCAUGGAACCAGAAGGACAGUUUGGGGAGCAGCGCAGGGAGAUGAACCGUCGCUUUCCUUCUUCAUCCGACAGAAUCACCUUCCCCUCCUCGUUGUCGCAGUUCCUUCCAACAACGAAUACUGCAAUCGGUUCCAACCCAUUGAACUUGUCACCACAAAUGACUGGCGCCAACGGGCCCAGUGCAAAUCUUUUGCAGAUGGAGCGACACAGUCGACUCCAGCAAGAACUCUUGUUAGGUGGCGGUGACAUUCAAGGUCUAUCUCAUCAGCCAUGGUCCGCGACGAAUCGAGUUCGAGGUCGCUCCAUGGAAUCCAGCAAGCGCGAGGACGAAGAUGAGGAUAGUCUCGAACAAGAAGAGCAGUCCUCGGUCAAGAGGCAGCGUUUGGGUUAA